AUGACAAUGGGCUAUGAGCCAGGCCGCCGCAAUGGCAAGAAGUCACAGAAUAAAAUGAAGGCAAGCUACACUCUAUAUUUUUUGAUUAUCUCAGGUAAUGACUAUCUGCACAGCAUCACAAGCAAUAGGAGCCAUCCCGCCACCAAGACCUUCUCACAGAUGAUGAACUCCCCCUCAACUCUGAUGGCCAAACGACACCAGUGCAUGAUUAGCAAGGCCACAACUAUCGAGAAGACACUCCUCCUACCAGCAGCCGCCUUACUGGAGAUGAAGUCAACAACACUCUUUUUGUCACGCCAGUGA